UAAAAAAAUUUAAGAGUCAAUCGUUAAAAACUUCCUUGCUUUUUUCUAUUCCUCUCUGAAAUCCAAAAUCACUGAAAAAGAAGAGAACAUGAAGUUCACAGACUCGCCGGUAAUCGAACUCCCCGUCGCCAACGACGUCCUCUCUCUCCACCAAAACAACGGCUCCAUGCACGUCGGAACCUCCGUAUGGCCCUGCUCCCUCGUCCUCGUCAAAUUCGUCGACCGCUGGAUCCAUUCCCCACCCGAAAACAACCCUUACAACAACCUCCUAAACUUCCCAACCAAGCGCGCCGUCGAACUCGGCUGCGGAUGCGGCGUCGCCGGCAUGGGCCUUUACCUAUUAGGCCUAACAGACAUAGUCCUCACCGACAUCUCUCCCGUGAUGCCCGCACUGAAGAAGAAUCUCAAAGUUAACAAACCUGUCCUCAAGAAGAAUCUCAAAUACUCGGUUCUUUACUGGAACAAUAGUUCUCAGAUCAACGCUCUUAAUCCUCCGUUUGAUUUUGUUAUCGCUGCUGAUGUUGUUUACAUUGAGGAAUCAGUUCCUUCGUUCGUUUCUGCCAUGGAAGCGUUGCUGGCUGAAGACGGUGUUGUUUUGCUUGGUUACCAGAUUAGGUCGCCUGAGGCUCAUGCGCUUUUUUGGGAAAUGUGUGGUCGAGUUUUUGAGAUUGAAAAAGUUCCUCAUGAUCAUCUUCAUCCUGAAUAUGCAUAUGAGGAAGCUGAUGUUUAUCUCUUGAGGAAAAAGAAGAAGCAAUGAUGAUGGGCCUCGAGAAACUUUCUGUGGAGAAAUAUUGUUGCUAACAGGUGUGCCUGUGUUCAUGUUUGUUGACGACCAUCAGAAUGAUUCCCAGCAAGAGGUCAAUGAAAACUCGAGAGACACGUGUUUCCGCAUGCUUGCUGCUGACUUGGUUUUGGGCUUUAGGAUACCUUGUUAUGGUUGUUGAAGAAAAGUGUUAUGAUACGAAUUUUCAUGUCCGAAAUUGCCAAUAAACAAAACAAUUAUAAUUGAA